ACCUUGUGGAACCCUGAACACUUCCACUCUAUGAACAAAUCACACACCCACACAUACACACAGACAAUGGGGAUGAAAGGACACCCAGAGAGCAACUACGGUGUAGUUGGUGGUGGCGGUGGGUGGAUGAAGAAGAAAACGACAGUGGCGACGGUGGUUGUUCUGGUGGCGUUAAUGGGAGUGAUGGUGGUUCAAAAGGUUAAAGACAGGCGCUUGUUUAACCUUGUCAUCAAAGACAAAGAUCGCCAAAUUAUAUCUCUUCGCCUCCUCUUGCAGGAAAGGCAGUAUGCAAAAGAAAACAAAAAGAAGAAUCAAGAUUUGGCUGCAAAACUGUACUCCUUUGGAACCCAGAAGAUUGAACUCACUAACAAGAUCAUGGAGAUGAGAUCCACCAUUGGUUCGUUGAAAGACGAACAACGAGUUCUAGAAUUGGCAAUUGAUGAAAAGCAGAACCAAAUCAAACAGAAAGAAUCUGAAAUCAAAGAUUUAAAAAGCAGUCUGCAACCUCCACCAAAAAUCUGGUCCGUUAGCUCCGAUGACCCAUCAAACCGAGAGGUCAACUUGACCAAUAAGGUCAAUGUCAUGAACCCAGAUGUCAAAGUUCAAACGCCUAAAGACGAAAAACUUGCAGGUUCAAAAGACCACAAAGAUGAUGCAAAGAUUGAAAUGCACAAUACCAUUGAUGGUCAAGAUGAUAAAAGUCAACUGAAAGCAAACCCUGAUGUGGGCCCAACAGAAGUUCAUCAUGAGACUAAUAAGACCAGAAGUGAAUCUGAGAGGAUGGAUGAAGAUGAAACAGAGACAGAAGCGGAUUUGGAUUCUUCUAAAAAUGGAACAGAAGCCGAUCAAGAUUACAAGGAAGAAACGGAAGAGUGAUGAAAAUUUCAUAUUUCAUAUUUCAUAUUUUCAUCCUAUCUUUAGAUAAUGUUCUUAUUAGAAGUAACUCCUAAAUUGUGUUUUUCAGAAUCGAAUUCUAAACGACAUUUAGACCCUGU